AAAAAUGGGUAUCCGGGAGGCGAAGGUGGCUGUGCUCGACAAUCUGGGGGCACCAAAAGAUAAGGGAGUGCUGAGAGCACUCCUGGGGUUCCUGAACGACUACCGACGCUUCAUCCCCAAUUUCAGCAAGAGAGCUCAUCGGCUAAACCAGCUGCUAAGGGAGGGGCAAGCCUGGAAGUGGGAACCGAAAGAGGAGCAGGCAAGAAGGGAUCUGCUAGAGGCCAUCAAAGCAGGAACGGUGCUGCAGCUGCCAAGGAGAGACGAACCGUUCACGCUUAACACGGACUGGAGCAGCAUGGGCAUGGGAGCAGUAUUGUGUCAUGAGGUGGAGGGAGAAGAGCGAGUGGUGGCCUAUGCCAGUCGAAGCUGCACAGCAACAGAAGCCAACUAUAGUUCAUACGAAGGGGAAGGACUGGUAGCUGUGUGGGGAGUAACACACUUCAGGGCCUACCUGCAAGGGCAGAGAUUCACGCUGAUAAUAGACCACCAGCCACUCUUAUGGCUGAUGACCAACAGAUCCCUGACGGGGCGGAAUGCCCGGUGGGCGAUGCGACUGCAAGAGUAUGAUUUCAUCAUCAAACAUCACGCAGGAAAGACGCUACAGCAUGCGGACGGGCUGUCCCGGAAUCCACCCCCAGCACUCUGCUUCGCAGGACGACAAAGAGACGGACGAUGAGCGUGUAGAUCGCCAGCUGA